AUGAAUCCACGUUCGCCCCAACCGACUUAUCCUCUAACGAAGGAAGAUUCGAAUCCUUCAUCUCAGAAAUCGAAGACCUUACCCUCAUCGAAGGCCGCAAUCCUUUGCCCCCAACAUGCCAUUGAAAUCAAUAAAAUCCUUAUCGACCGAAACGCAUUCUCAAUCAACCUCCUCGUUAACAUCAUCAGAUCCGCCGAACUCAUUGAAAGACUCGUACGACAUGUGGAAGAACCACGUGUCCAGCAUGGCAUCAUGCAUUUACAGAAACGCAUUCGCGCUUAUGCUUUGCGUCUUAUCCCUCCGGAGGUUAGGGCAGAUAUCCAGGAAGCUAUUCACAUCGUUGCUGAACGAGUCACCGGAGUCGCUCGCCCACCAUCUCCACAACCAGCUGUACGAACGACUGCAACUCCACCGCCUUCCUAUGAUGGUGGAAUUCCCGUUCCUCCUCCUCACCUCACGGAGAUUACCAACGCCAUGAUCGUCAAUCUGCAAGAAGAGACCCAACUUGCAUUACAGAUAGCCUCCGCGGCAUCCGCAACCACGUCUGAUACGGUUGUUGCUCCAGAAGAAACUGUAGAGCACCCGGAAAACCUUUAUACCGCUUUCUCUUCUACGCACGAAGAGAUAACCCUGGAGCAGUCGACUCCUCCCCUUGACGAAACUAUUGCGCUUGCUGAAGCGCUCAAAGCGCUUCACAUCCAUCCACCAAUGAUUAUUCCAUCCACGCUUACUCCACCGACAUUCGUGGAUUGUCUUGUCCCAGUACAAGCCCUCGGACCCACCGCUCCUGCAGAGUACGCUGAGCUAAUCGCGGAAGCAGAACGAAUCCCUAUGCCGUUAUCCUCUAUCUACGUACUCGCUAAGGAAGACGUAGCUCAGAUUAAAGAAUCUUCCCGAAGAAGGAGAAGAUCCCCUAAGCAUGGGUACCGAGGCAAGGGAAAGAAGAGAGCCUCUAGCGAUGAUGAAGCAUUCAGUCGUCACCCCGCUCCUCCCGUUUUACGCCCCUCAUCCUCGAACCCAGACGAAAACCGGGUUUGCAGAUAUUGCAAGACCCUUGGCCAUCGUCAAACCAACUGUCCUGACUACUAUUGCAGGAUAUGCAGAGAACUCUCCCCAGGGCAUUUAUCGUUGUAUUGCCACAAAUUUACUGGAAGUUCCCCCACCACGCUUACCUGGAAGGACGAAGGCUUCUACCAGGAACUCUCUUAUUGGGAAAAGAGUUUGGACGACGCAUACGUCAGCCAGUGCCAGGAAGAAGAAGCCCUCCGACAGGCAGAGUACCUUACUGGAGCAGGUGAUCAGUUUGAUUACUCCGACGACCCUAUCUAUUAUGCAAACCAGGACGAUUCUAACCAUUGCGAAUACCAGGAUUACGAAGGUUCCAAAUCUGACAGUCAAGUGUGCGACUGCGAGGAAUUCUUUGCUCGGUCGCAGGAUGAAGGCCACUGUGUGGAGUGUGGUCACGGUCGCAGCAAACACCCUCGCAAGGCAUCGACUCGGAGUGGCAAACCACUGGAAGUUCAAGAUGAACAGCCUCACCAACUUGGAAAUACCUCAGCUGUCGUCAAGGAUAUUUUUGACCGAAUCGCUAGUGGUGGCAAAAAUGCCAAUGAAAAGUCAUCCACCGCCAAGCAACUCACUGAAGCCGGCGUACCACUCGCCAAUGCCCGAGAGGAAGCCUUAUCAACUCUUUCUUCCACCCGACUUGCUGGUUACAGUAAACUGGCUAAGGGCCCAGUGUCGUUGGCUGGGUUGCGAAAGGAUCGCAAGGAUACUAUGAGUAGCUCACUGCAACCUAGUAAAAUUGGAAGCCAAGCACGCAGGAGCACUAUGUCUAACCUUUCCACGACCAGAGCUAACACUUUUCGUGUCGCAUCAAUUGCUCUAUUGACUUGCGGUGUCGAUGCUAUGAAGAACCGGGGUUGUUACCUUGACCGGCCUGAGCAAUUUAUCAUCGAUAGUGGAUGGUCCUAUCACAAGAUCACCAGCCAGUUGCGAAGCUGGUUUCCUAAGGUAUUCGAUUAUCUGGAUAUCCCAGUUGAGAAGCGACCAUCAGCGCCAUCACGAUCAUUAGCACGGCCAACACAAGAAGACAAGCCUGUUUGGCGACUCCUUAACAAGAGUGGACAGACAUUAACGGUUGUCGACGUUGCAUUUCCGACCGGGACUGACCUAGUGAAACACAAGGGCCGAGAUAAAGCAAGUGUCAGCGAGUGUCACCUGUGGUUUGUCACAUGUAACCGGAUUCCUGACGACGUUUACGAAUCUUGGAACACUCAACCUGUCAUUGCUGGUUCAGAUUCCGAACAUGAUGAUUGCAGUGAUGUGCUUUUGUCUGACGUGGACAGUCUCAAUGAUUUGUUUAUCUCCAAGUCGGACAAUGAGCUUGCGAGUUCUUUGAUGGAACUGGAGUUGACUGAUGCUGAAGUCGAGGAUCCCAAAGGCAAAGGAAAAAUGAAGGUUGUAUCGCCAAAGAGAACUAACAUGAAACGAACUCACACAGUUCUUUCCCCUGAGCAAUCACCAUCGGAGGUUCAGAGAGCAAUUCGAAAGAACAGUAAAGUUAAACAGGAAUCAGCUAAUGAUGUUCAAGCUGCCAUUCCCUUGUUUUUGACGGAAUCUGGGCCAUUGACAGGCUCUCAGCCAUUUCCGUUGACUCAACCUGCUCAAUCCAAUAGCUUCAAAAUGGUGUCGUUUCGUAGCAGUCCACUCGGAGUGCCAGCUGGUACUGCCAUUCAAUUCCUAAAGUCGAAGAGUGCAUUAUCAUCCCCACCCAAAUUUGUGUCAGUCAGCGAGGCGGAUGUCUUGUGGCGCAGUCGAUCACAAGUUGACGACCCUUUUGCACCGGAGCAGAUCAAUCCCUGGGAUUCUCGCUAUUCCAUGAAGCCCGCUAACCUCCAGCUCAUGUGA